AUGAUACAGUUUCCUGCUAGAGCAGCUCACGGUGAUAGCGAUGACCGUGGAGAAUUCGAAUUUCUCCCUCCACCACCAUCACCUACAGCGGCACGAUGGGGAGAAUUACACAACAACGAAUCGGUAACAUCUUUAGAUACCUUUCGAUACAGUCGAACUACAACAGCGCGAUCGUCAUCAAAUUUAAAUUUAAUCAAUAAUCAAAGUUCAGCAACUCUCCUAGGUAGGAGUCAAACGCCUGGCACAUCAACACCUGGCCCUUCAACACCUAGUCCAUACGGCCGAUCAUUAAAUGCCUUCCAUAGCCGUUCUUUCUCCGAUACUUCAUCUUACGAUGGAGCAACGGCAUGCCCAUCACCAGGCUUACGAGAAGAUGAAAGUAUCAGUUAUGAAGAAUUCAAAAAGGAAGAUCCGAGCACCGCUCGAAGAGUCAGACAUUUCAAUACUUUCAACAAACAGUUUGAUACCUCUGUAUAUCAAAUCGAAACAUUACACAAGCACGACGAUGAAAUUUUCCUCCCUCCUUGGAAACGAAACAUGUAUCGAUUAUCCCCGCUGUUCACAUUUCUAGCCUGCGGUUCCUACUUCCUUUACUACGCAUACCGUAUUUUUUGUAUAAUAGAUGUUCAAAGGGCGUACGGCAAAGUUUAUAUCAUGGCAUGGCUAUUCAUUGCAGCAGAAGGUUGCGUUGCUUGUCCCGCUCUUCUCCACCAACUGUACCAAAUGUUAUCGAUUCGCGGCCGUUCACGUCCCAAACUUCGUAUUCGUGGUAAUGAGGUACCUACCGUUGAUGUUUUCAUUACAUGCUGCGGUGAAGAUGUAGACGUCGUACUUGAUACCACUCGAGCUGCGGCUGCUGUUGAUUAUCCCCAAGACCGUUUCCGUGUUGUCGUUCUCGAUGAUGGAAAAGAUGCCGAUUUGGAAAAAGCUAUCAAUAAUCUUGCGCUCGAAUAUCCAAAUGUUUAUUACCAUGCCCGUAUCAAGAUUAAGGGCGUUCCUCAUCAUUUCAAAGCUGGAAAUCUCGCCGGUGGUACCAAUUUCGUGGUUGAUUUGGAAGGAGGUGAAGCUGAGUUUAUGGCUCCCUUGGACGCGGAUAUGAUUCCGGAGUCAGAUUGGCUAAGAGCUAUUAUUGCUCAUAUGGUUAUUGAUGAUAAGAUGGCUCUCGUUUGUCCACCGCAGCUUUUCUACAACGUUCCUGAAAAUGAUCCUCUGUGUCAAUCUCUAGAUGCAUUCGUCCAUGUAAUGGAACCUACCAAAGAUGCCAAUGGAGUAGCAUGGUGUACCGGUUCUGGUUAUGCCAUCCGCCGCGCAGCUCUCGAUGACAUUGGAGGCUGGCCUGUCGGCUCCCUCGCAGAAGAUACCUUUACUUCCUCCUUACUUCUCGGUGCUGGCUGGAAAACAGCAUUUUGUCACGAAGCCCUACAAUUCGGUACUGUCCCAGACACCAUCACCGGACAUCUCAAACAGCGUACUCGUUGGACUCUCGGAACAUUACAAACAGCACUGAAACUCAAAUUUUGUCUCUUCGGAAAACUAGUAAAAGGCAUGGGAUUCUUCGCGCGUCUCUCAGCAUUCGUCUUCGCAAUCGAUGCCUUUUUUAAAAUCUUCCUCGUCAUCGCUCUCCUUACCAUCCCCAUCGUCCUCAUCUCCGGCGGCCAACUCGUAGCCUACAACACCGAAACCCAACUUAAAUGGCAAGUCCGCCUCUGUUUCAUCCAACUAGUCUUAACCCGUCUCAACGAAUGGAUCACCUACAUCCCCUCUGGCUACCGUCUCGCGCAACGCGACGCAGGAGCCCAAAUGUGGAUGGCUCCUUUCCACGCCAAAACAAUCAUCAUGUCAUUCCUACUACCCUCCUGGCUCGGCGGCCGCCCCAUGGCCUUCUCCAGCUCCGGAAGUCAAAAAUCAGACAUCAACGAACGGGAUCCUCUCACCCGCGCAGGUCUCUUCAGAAGACUCUGGACCAUCCUCUGGAACUGUCAAUGCUAUAUGCAUCUCCUAUACAUCCUCUUCGUCAUCGCCGCCGUAACCUACUCCAGCAUUCUCGGUCUCGUCAUGCAAGCAGAAACAAACGAUACCCUGAAGAAAAAACUCCUCUAUUUACUUACUCAUGCUUUCUGGCCUCCAAUGUUAUGGAUGAUGUGUAUAACUGCUUGUUUUGAACCGAUUCGCUAUGCUAUUUGGCCGCCCUCGAUGCCGGAAAGAGAGGAGUUGUUGGAUAGAGAUCAGAAGACGCAGAUUGCGAGGCCGAAGGAGGAGUGGAAGAAGGCGAGAUAUGCAAAGACGAGUUUCUUUCAUGAGUUUCAGUAUACGCUUUUGACGGGGUUUACGGGGAUGGUUUUUGUAGGUGCGUUUUUUAUUGGGAUUUAA